UUUCUUCUGGGACCAAGAUGACUGAUGGAAACCUUUCCUCCUCCACAAAUGGCGUGGCCUUGAUGGGCGUUCUGGACAGCCGGCCAGGAAACUCCCUGCAGAGCCUGCGCCACGAGAACGGCAAGGCCCCCAGACCUCUCUCAGCACCUGAGUACAGGCCCAACUUGAAAGUCGGGCCUUUGGAAGACCGGGAGAGCCUGCAGUCGGUGGACUCAGGGAUCCCGACCCUGGAGAUCGGCAACCCCGAGCCUGUGCCCUGCAGCGUGGUGCACGUGAAGAGGAAGCAGUCGGAGUCCGAGAUCGCCUCCGAGCGGGCCUUCCAGAGCGCAUGCCCGCUGCCCUCCUGCGCACCUCCCGGGCCCAGUGGCGCAGAGCGGGAGCAGGCUGUGCGGAAGUCCUCCACCUUCCCCCGCACGGGCUACGACUCGGUUAAGCUCUACAGCCCCACCUCCAAGGCCCUGAGCCGCAGUGAUGACGUCUCCGUCUGCAGUGUCUCCAGUCUCGGCACAGAGCUGUCCACCACGCUGUCUGUCAGCAAUGAGGACAUCUUGGACCUCAUGGUCACGAGCAGCUCCAGUGCCAUCGUGACCCUGGAGAAUGAUGAUGACCCGCAGUUUACUGAUGUCACGCUAAGUUCCAUCAAGGAAACCAGUGACUCGCACCAGCCGGGCUGUGCCGAUGACCCCGAGGAAGGGCGGAGACUGAAGCUGCUGGGCCCCCUGAGUAACUUCUUUACGAGGAAUUUGCUUGCUAGAAAACAAAAUGCAAGACUUGACAAACACAAUGACUUGGGAUGGAAGUUAUUUGGAAAAGUACCACUCCGAGAGAAUGCUCAGAAAGAGUCAAAGAAAACACACAAGGAAUAUGAAGACAAGGCUGGAAGACCUAGCCGGCCACCUUCGCCAAAGCAGAAUGUGAGGAGGAAUCUUGAUUUUGAGCCGCUUUCCACCACCGCCCUCAUCCUCGAAGACAGACCAGCCAACCUCCCCGCGAAGCCAGCCGACGAGGCCCAGAAGCACAGGCAGCAGUAUGAAGAGAUGGUGGUGCAGGCCAAGAAGCGAGAACUCAAGGAGGCCCAGCGGAGGAAAAAGCAGCUGGAGGAGAGGUGCAGAGUGGAGGAGAGCAUUGGGAACGCCGUUCUCACCUGGAAUAACGAGAUCCUGCCUAACUGGGACACCAUGUGGUGCUCACGGAAGGUUCGUGAUCUGUGGUGGCAGGGAAUCCCGCCCAGCGUGAGGGGCAGAGUCUGGAGCUUAGCCAUCGGCAAUGAGCUGAACAUCACUCACGAGCUCUUCGACAUCUGCCUUGCCCGGGCCAAGGAACGGUGGCGAUCCCUCAGCACGGCAGGCGCGGAGGUGGAGAGCGAAGAUGCUGGAUUUUCAGCAGCAGACAGAGAGGCCAGCCUGGAGCUUAUUAAGCUGGACAUUUCCAGAACGUUUCCUAAUCUCUGCAUUUUCCAGCAAGGCGGUCCGUACCAUGACAUGUUGCACAGUAUUUUGGGCGCUUAUACUUGUUACCGGCCGGAUGUGGGUUAUGUCCAGGGCAUGUCCUUCAUUGCUGCAGUGCUGAUCUUGAACCUCGAUACUGCCGAUGCCUUUAUUGCUUUUUCUAAUCUCUUGAAUAAACCCUGUCAAAUGGCGUUCUUCCGAGUGGACCAUGGCCUUAUGUUGACCUACUUUGCUGCAUUUGAGGUAUUCUUUGAAGAAAAUUUGCCGAAAUUAUUUGCUCAUUUCAAGAAAAACAACUUGACUCCAGACAUCUAUCUAAUCGAUUGGAUCUUUACCCUGUACAGCAAGUCCUUGCCCCUGGACCUGGCCUGCCGCAUCUGGGAUGUGUUCUGCCGCGAUGGGGAGGAGUUCCUCUUCCGCACGGCCCUGGGCAUCCUGAAGCUGUUCGAGGACAUCUUGACCAGGAUGGACUUCAUCCACAUCGCCCAGUUCCUGACGCGGCUGCCCGAGGACCUGCCGGCGGAUGAAGUGUUCGUGGCCAUCGCCACCGUCCAGAUGCAGAGUCGGAACAAGAAGUGGGCGCAGGUGCUGGCUGCGCUGCAGAAGGACAGCCGGGACCCGGAGAAGGGAAGCCCGUCGCUCAGGCACUAGAAUGCGGGUAACCUCGCUCGCCCGAGCGGACCCUCUGCGCCGUGUGUGUCCAGACCGGCACCCGCCGCGGAGCGGCGCAGGGCCCUUGUCGUGUUGGGUCCUGACGUGGAGUUGGCCUUAAACACAAAGUGGAAGAGCAGCGAAGGAGUGCAACCCAGGCUUGGCCUUAAGCAGCCCGGCGGACCCAUGCCCUGCAUUGGCCGUGGCCCGCGCUGUGCUCUCCGCCCAGCGCAGGCUGGGUCAGUGGCGGAGCCCCCCCUGUCCUUAAUUUCCGCGCGGUUAAUUAAACUGUGAUGCUGUGAUGCCAACUACUGGAACGUACGUUACGGUUUUUCUCAGCCGGGGUGCCUGAGCGGGGUCACUUGCGAGGCCGUUGAGGUGUUGCUGGCCCAGUUUCAGAUAAGAAAGGAACUGCUGGUGUAGUUUUGAGAUAAUCUUUUCAGAGCUGGAGGUCACAUUCGAAAACCCACGUACCAAAGACAGCGUGACCGGAGGACGGCCCCUCGCUCGAGGGUGGCUGCUGGUGAGUCCGCCUGAGCUCGCCUGGCCGUGCCUGUGCUAGCCGGCACAGCUGUGUGCAGAGCAGGCCGCGGUGAAGACAGCUGGGAGUGGGUGCCCGCUCCCGGCAACACUGGCAGGGAGGCUUCUGUCCGCGCCAGCAGCACGCCCCCUCCGCCUUCGACCCCUGAGCGGCUGGGUCCAUUCCGUGGCCCUGCUUUCCCCUCCUCCUCUGGCGUGAAGAGAUGCACCUCGCAAGCUGUGGUCGGGACGCAGGACCAGGCGCCGCCGAGCAGCCCGGGCCGACUAGGCAAGUCCUCUUCUCAGGACCAUCCGCCCUUUCUUGUGUUCUAGCUUUUCCUUGAGUGUUCUGAGAACUUUGCCUAGGAAAUUUGAUUAUCCACAGAAAUGAAGUUCCCCACACACUAGUCCAAGGCCAGGCUGUACCACCAUGUCUGUGGGCGCGUCCCCGGGUCACCCCCUCGCGCUCGGUGUCGCUGCCUGCCGUGCAGGAGCCCGGGUCCGGGGCCUGGGCCGUCAUUUGCAAGUGCCUGUGUGGUCUGCGCGCCACAGCUCUUCUCAGCCAUAUCUCCGGCCCGGGGAGACCCACCUGGUGAAGGUGCCGCGUGCAGCCCUGGGGGUGGGCAGUGGAAAACCGGCGGCGGCAGACUCCGCAGCCCUGCACCUGCUGUCCUCCUAGCCAGGCUCGGGCAGGUGGCCAAGCCGUGGUCACCCCGUGCUCCGCACCCCUCCACAGCCGGUGUCCCCUCUUCUGGAACCCCCGCCCGCCCCCCACAUCUCACUUGAGUUUCCCAGGAGGCUGCAGGGCAAAAUGGUACCAUUUCCGCCUCAGCCCUGCCCUUCCUGCCAUCAGAUGUUGGAUGCCUUGGGCCCGGCGGGCUGCCCAGCCCCUCCCAGACGUGCUGAGCUGUGCUUGUGCCCGGGCGUCCGGCCCCGUGGAGAGUGUAAAUAUUUCUUACUGUACAGAGCGAUGUUCCUCGACCGUACAGAAGGUGCGCAGUGCUGGCCUCAGGCAGCCUGUUCCGGUGCGCCUCCUGUGUGUUGUCCCGCUCGCUGACGCCAGUCUGGAGCACUGACCCCACCUUUAGUCCAGACCAGGCUCUGUGGCCUGUUCAGGGACCACAGGGGUCGGCUGCGUCCUGUGCACAGUGGUGCUGGUCCCGCGGUGGCCUGCGGCCUGCGGCCUGACUGAGCAGGCAGACUGGAAACAGACGCAGAGGCGCUGCCCUGCGGAGCCCGAGUCCACUUCCUGCCCCAGCAGGUAACUCUCGGACUUCAGGUCCCUGAGGUCUCUUUGGGAACAGUGUGCGCCUCCAAGGUACUUCGUAACUGCUCGGUUUUUGACUUUUAAAUAGUUCACUGGUAGAAAACUCCUGGUAACUAUUCCUACAUACCAUGUUUUAAUUGCUUGUACAGUAACCCUUAAUCUUAUUCAGUAAAGUGUAUCAAUUCAGGACUUUUUGAAUUGUAAAUAUGUGGUUUUAUUAAAUAAAAGACAUGUAAAUUGUUACAUUCA